GUUUUUGUUGUUGUUGUCGUUGUUUGCUGGUUGGUUGGUUUGCUUGUUUUUGGUUGAGUUUUAAUAGUUUGUGCCUUUCAAGCAAUUGUUUGUUUGAUCUAAGUUACCAAAUAUAGGUGCACAGAGUUAUUUCCUAGAAUCCUUUCAGUUUCUGUGGAGUCUCUAACCCAUUUCUUCCCUCAUAGUCUUAAGUUGUAUCUUUCCUUACCUUUCUUUCUGCCUCGGUGUGGAUAGAAACUUGGGAAUUUCAUUGACCUUUUCAAAGAACCAGCUUUUGGUUUCACCCACUGUUCUUUUCCUGAUAUCUGCUGUAAUGUCUGUUUCCCUUAUUUACUUGCUUUGAGUUUAUUUUUAUUUUCUUUCUCUAGUUCUUAAGGGGGAAGCUUUCAUUAUUGAUUUGGAUCCUUGAUUCUUUCUAAUACAAACAUUUGAUGCUGUACCUUUUCUGCUAAGCUCUGGGGUGGCUGCAUCCUGCAAAUUUGGGUAUGUUGUAUUUUCCUUUCCGUUCAGUUCAUCUAAUGAAGGGUCAGUAUCCAGAAUAUUUCCUGAUUUCCCUGGAGACUUGCCCGUUGGACCAUGGAUUAUUUCGAAGCAUAUGGUGUAAUUUCCUUGUAUUGGGAGAUUUUCCUCUUCACUCUUUCUUACAUAUUGGAAGUUUCUCUCUUCUGCUCAGACUACAUUCUCUGUAUAAUUUCAACUGUUUUAUAAUUUGUAAUAUUUCUUUUACGACCCAGGAUGCAGAGUACCUUGGUGAAACUCCCUAUGCCCUUGAAAAAAAUGUGUGUUCUGCCGCUGCUAUGGGAAAGGUUCCGUACUUGUCACUUACAUCCAGGUAGUUCACAGUGUUGUUUGGUUCAUCUACAUAGUGCUGAUUUUCUUCUGUUCCUUCUGAUACUACUGAGUGAGUGUUGAACUCUACAGCUAUCAUUUGUAGGUUCAUUUAUCCUCCCGUUCUCUCUGACCUGGUUAUGUAUCUUGAAGCUUUGUUGUUGGGUGUUAUGCAGAGAAGAGUUAACAGAGCAGGCCUGAGACCACUAUCCUUGCAGAGAUCAGCAUGUUGGCCCUUACUUGCAUCUGGGAACUUGAAUGUCGGAAGGCUUCCCACCAUUCCCUACCCAAGCAAGAUGCUUUACUCUUCCUAAACUGUCCAAGCAAUACAUUUCAUGCUGAACACCUGCUUUCCCUCUGGAAAUCUGAAAUCUUGGUACGUGCUUAUGCGGAGAGUACUUACGUGACCAGCCCCCAAAACAGACCUCCGGACACGGUGUUAGUCAUGUAUGAGCUUCCCUGUAGACAAGAUUUCGUGUGCGAUAUCAUGAUUUGUGGCUGGAAGCACAAACAGCAUGACUCUACUGGGAAAGGACACUUGGAAGCUUGCACUGGUUUCCUCCAGAUGUUACUUGGGACCAGGGGAAAGGAUACAAGCCUUCCCAAAGGUGAGCUUUGGGUCAGCCAAAAAUGUUGCAGGUUUAACUUGCUCUCUCCUCCCAAGUGGGAGGAAACGAAUUAGUUCCGUGAGCCAGAAAAAGCUUUCCAUAAACUAGAGGCAGAGCCUUGGGAAGGCACUCCAGCCUUUUCUUCACCUUGCUUCCUGCUGCUGUGGCUGCCUCUCCCAGCAUUCCAACUAGAAAGGCCUCUGGCCCCUGUGUGGCCACCCGGAGUGUCCCGUGUGCCCUCUGCGAUUACACAUCCUGUGUGUGCUCUCUGACUAGCCGGACACUGCCUCAGCCUGGAAGACUUUCGGGUCAGCCUCUGCUUCCCGACCAGAGUGCGCUGUGCCCGAAUUUGUGCCUCAGGCCGGCUAAGAACCAGGUUCAUACAGACACUUCGGCACCUGACGUGCUUCAGUCUGGACAUGGUUCUGUCGCGGGCUCGUCAUUACGACGCGGGAUCUAGCCAUUCCCAGUCCCUCAGUUCCACAGGUGUGGACUGGCCUUCUGCUGAGUGUCAGGUCCUCUGGCUCGAGGGCACCAGGAUCAGCGGGGUGUUGUUUCCAGCCUUCCGAGGAGACCCAAGGACCAGGUGGCGCUGUGUGAUCACCGACUACACCUCUCCAUGGAUCCAGUCCAGAAAUGUAACUCCACGUUGACCCCUGAAUCUUCCCCAAUGAUCUCUGAAGAGACUUCCCGAGAAGUCACAGUAGCCUCCCCUCCUUCCUUCUCAGAACUGCUGAUGAUGGGCCUCGGUGACCUCAAAACCGGUGUGGGCACAAAACACCCUGCCCCUCUGCCAGAGGGGCUGCUCCAGCAGCGGUACAGGGAUGAGAAAACCCUCCAAGAGAGGCGGUGGGAAAGGUCAGCGUCCCCUCAGAGGAAGAGAACCCUUCUGGGGCACAUGAGACGGCGACACCUCGAUCACGUGGCACCUUACCGGGUCGAGAGGAAGGCCAGGAUCUCUUCCUUGGGGGACAGAGAUCAGAACAGAUUCAGAUGUGAAUGUCGAUACUGCCAGAGCCACAGGCCCAGUGUCUCUGGGAUGCCUGCAGAGAGGAAAGGGGCCCCGCAUCCUUCCUCCUGGGACACACUGGUGCAGGGCCUCAGUGGCUUGACCCUCAGCCUGGGGACCAGCCGGCCCGGCCUUCUGCCCGAUGGGGUGCUCCAACAGCAGGAAAGAGAGGAGAAACUCCAACGGGAGAUACAGCAGGAAAGCAAAAGAAUGUUCCAGAGGCUCCUAAAGCAGUGGUUGAAAGAAAACUGAGGCUCUCGUCCUCGCAUGACAGAGAUCGCAACGGAUUCAGAGGUGGAGGCUGGCGUGGCCAGAUCCUGAGCGUGGAAUCCUUUUGGGGACCAAAGAGUAAGCACUUAGAGAAGUCAGAGAAGGAACAAGAGCAGCGUGAGGACUGGACACUCUGUCCGUGUGAGCAUGGAUCCGAUCCUGGGAAGGUCCUGCUCUUUCCUUCCUGGAAUUUCUGGAUCACCGUGGGGCUUUCUAGGGGAUGCUGCAUACCAGGGGUCCUUAACUUCGGUAUCACGGCUCCCAUGAUGCAUGUUGUCCCUUUCCCACCCCGGAUCUCUGUCUCUCCUCCCUGCCUCGUUGUCAGUAAGAUGUAGGCUUUCUCUGUAGCAUGAAUGCCCUGGUGACGGCCAUGUGCUUUUGUGCCAUGUCACUGACUGCCUCCCAGAAGCAGCACUAGGUCUGCUGGGAUGCCUGGGUGCUCAGCUAGGCUCCACUUCCAAGAAUCUGACGCUAAGCCAGGCGCGGAAAGGGACGUAGAACUGGAAUGUGGUGGUUCACCAUUGUGUUCUCUGUGUAAGCCGUUGUGAAUGUGCUGAGCUAACUGUAGGUCCACAUUUCCCUGCUUCGUGACAUUGAUAGUAUUCCCCUGGGCGGAAUUUCUGACGGGUUCCCUCAUCACACACACCAAAUAAAUACAUGUAUGAAAGGAAAAUA